AUGUUGAGUGUACUUGAAGAGCGUGGAUUUGUGAAGGAUGUCGCUGGUGGACGCCAGACGCUCGACUGGCUGCUCACCGAAAAGCGCAUCGGCGCAUAUGUCGGCGUAGACCCAACAGCCCCCUCUCUACAUGUCGGCCACCUUCUCCCGCUUAUGGCGCUGUACUGGAUGUACCUCCAUGGCUACUACACCGUCAGCUUGUUAGGAGGAGGCACCGUCCAGAUUGGCGACCCUUCUGGCAGAACAACGGCUCGGUCUCGGCAAGGCGAGGAUGUGCAGUCUAUGAAUGUGGAGAGCAUACAGCGCCAAUUGGACAAGCUGUGGACGAAUGUCAAAUGCCUGGGCAUCAAGUACCAGUACUCCCCCCUAGUCAGCCGAAAGCAGGAUAUCCUCAACAACAGGAGAUGGCUGUCCCAGUUGAGUGCAGUUGAGCUGAUGAGGGAUCUGGGGUCUGGUAUGCGCCUGGGUGCUAUGCUCAGUCGCGACUCGGUCAAGCUACGAAUGGAAAGCGGCGAAGGCAUGGCUAUAUCCGAGUUCAGCUACCCCCUCUUCCAAGCCUACGACUGGUGGAGCAUGUACCGGAACCAGGGCGUUCAACUACAAAUAGGCGGAUCUGACCAGUACGGAAACAUCAUUGCCGGCAUGGGCGCCGUCAGUCAUAUGCGCAAGAUACAUCGCAUGGACAACGGAGCAGAAGGCGACGAAGACCCAAGCGUAGCAACUUACGGUCUCACCACACCACUGCUUACAACAGCGUCUGGCGAAAAGUUUGGCAAGAGCGCGGGCAAUGCAGUCUGGCUUGACGGCCAGAUGAUGAGCUCAUUCGAUCUGUACCAAUACUUCCUCCGCACCGCAGACGCCGACGUAGAACGCUACCUCAAGCUCUUCACCUUCCUCCCCCUUGACGAGAUCCGCCUCCUAAUGAACCGCCAAAACCAAGACCCCUCCAAGCGCAACGCCCAACACAUACUCGCCCGCGAAAUCGUCGAGCUAGCACACGGAGCCGCAGACGCGAAGAAAGCUGAAGCCGCACACAAGGACGCGUUUGGUCAGGGAGCCCAUACUUUCUCGCUAUUCUCGCUGAGGAACGCGAUUGCCGGUGACGAGGGCGACACCAGCGAGCAAAAAGAACACCUGAAGAAGGAGGACACAGAACUGCUAGAAUACAAGAAAGCCUACGCCACUUCUUCGACCGCACAAGCUACUGCAAGCAGCCCACCCGAACGACCCCAGCACGACAAAGCAAAUGUCAUCACACUCCCGCUCUCCAUGCUCCAAGCCGGAUCCUUCCCCCACGUCCUCCACGCCGCCGGUCUCGCGAGUUCGAAAUCCGAAGCGAGCCGCUUGAUCGCGAAGAAGGGCGCGUACGUCAUUGUACCCAAUUCUGGUCCGCCUGAUAACCCUACUGCGCUGAAGUGGGCGACUAUCGAGCCGGGCAAGGAGGUCAAUCCGUAUCACUAUCUCGUGGACUGGGAGGCGCUGGUGCUGAGGGCAGGGAAGAGUAAGAUUCAGAUUUGCAGGAUACUUAAGGAUGAGGUGGGUGAGGAGAAGACGGAGGAGGGACAAUGA